AUGGGUACACAGGACACGACAGGAACGAAACGGGCCAGGGGCCAGCCUGUUCCCAAACAACCAGGAUCUCACGACCCGAUUGCCAUGAACGUGCAGCUGUCUACUGGGUCGGCAGGUUCGAGGGAGGCAUGCGAUGAAUGCCGUAUCCGCAAGGUCCGUUGCAACAAGGAAUAUCCCAAAUGCUCGAGCUGUCGUAAAUCCAACCUCGCAUGUGGGUUCUCUAACAAGGGGAAGCGAGUCAACCAUACCAAGAAGCUGGUUAACGAUGUCGAAGUCCUUGGAAACCGGCUCGGGAAGAUCGAAGAGGCGCUGCUUCGCUGCUUGUCAGCUGUAGAGCGUUCACAGACUCCGUCAAACGUUGCUACAUGGCAAAGCUCGGUUGUCCAGUCCGAUGGCAGUUAUGCGGAUCCCAACGAAGGGCCACCUAUGGACUCAAACGCGUUCACAGAUGCCUCUAUAGAACCGCGUCCCGACCGAUACAAUGACCAUGAGCCCUCCCCUAGGUCCACCCCUCUUGUUUCUCUGUAUUCUGAGGCUCAAGCUGCCUGUGAUAGACUGAGAUCAUUGUUGCCAUUUCCGAAUCUAGACAGCCAAUAUAGUCCAGUCUCAUCGGAUUUCAGACCCAGCCAGUCUUAUUCGUUGCAGUCACAGCUAAAAGAAGCCAGCGAACUGUUCGAGAAAUUGACCAGGGAGAGCCCAGUCUCGUCGAUACCAGAGUCGGAUGGCCUCCUGCCCUCGUUACCGCCACGAGCACUUUUGGAAGCCAGUCUAGAAUCACAUUUUACAGGUCUGAGUCCUUUUUUACCUAUCUAUGACCGACAAAGUGUUGUUUCAGCAAUUGAAGAGCAAUAUGGGCCAAGUAUCAACAACCCUGACCCGGCCUGGGUGAUUUCGUUCAGCAAUAUCCUUCUCCAGACACUGGACGCCAGAUAUAGUGCAGCGACGAGAGCUGGUUCGAUGAACCACAACAUACUGGAAGAGGAGCUCAUCAAAAGCUUGUUACUGAACUGUCGGCGAGGCUAUAAUAACUUUGAGAGGCUUUUGAGACCGCAGCUGGCUAAUGUGCAGGCACUGUUAAGCAUGGCAUUGAUCGCCUUGAAGUACUUUUCUCUCGCGACCUUUGAGACAGUCUUUGCACAGGCGUGCCAGCUAGCAAAAUGCAUCGGCCUCCAUCAAAGCAAUCCGGACUCAGAGAAUGCAGAACAGACAGAUCUGUGGUGGUGCUUGUUCAUCAUCGAUAAACACGCGUCUUUCAUGGCCGGCAAGCCCUGUCUUCUUCCCUCCUAUGACUGUGGGCUGCCUUUCCCCGUGGUAACCUCGGCGCAUGUUCCGAGGGAUCAACGUUCUGCCCACAUCUCUCUGGCACACAUUCAGGAAGACGUGUACCAAAGUCUCUACUCCGCUCGGACAGCCCGCAAGGGGCGAGACUACGUCACUCGUCAAGCUCAGCAGAUCAAUCGAACGUUGGACGACUGGGAGAUCCAGCACAAACACAUACUCUCUCCUGCAAGCACUAUGACAGCGCAAGAAGCGUUCCGCCUGACUGAGCUGCGCUACACACUUUGUACACUUCGGGUCCUGACUCAAAGGCUUGAACAUACAUCCAACAACCGACGGUCCCGCUUAGAGUAUGCGCGGGCCGGCCUUCGCCUAUUGCAGGAGACAUGCGAUACCUGUGGUGAUAGCGUCGUUGGACUUGCACUCUAUCAGAGUCCCAGUAUCUGCCUGAAUUACUCCACAACGUUGUUCCUCGAGCUCUUCAUCGCCAUCGUGGAAGAGUACCAGCAAGACCACCGCAUCGACGCUGAGCUUCUUUCUCCCUUCGCUGCACAUAUGGACUACUUUUCUGCAGAAUCGUCUCCUACAUCUCAUACGUCCAAAGCCGCCUACAUGGCCAGUCUUUGUAGCAAUAUCGCUCUCAGUCUCCAGAUGCUAGACGAUGGCUUUUUCCCGCAUCAAAUAUCCCAUUCCCGGCCCAACUCUGUACUCGACUCUCCAGGCCUCACGACUAUUUCUACUGCAUCGACCUUCGGACCUGAGAUACUCGAGAGCUCUUCUCUGGAGGUGGGUAUCCCACCCUCAUUCAUCGGGAAUCCCUCCUGGGAAUUAUCGUCCUUUCCCAGUGACGAAAAUUUCAACAUGAGAAUGAAUGAAGCGCAGGCAAAGUCUUACGAGCAGCAUGGGCUUCUCAUUGGAAGCACCCCCUCUUCAGAAUUUGCAUAUCAAUCAGAGCUGGCGGGGAUGGGCGCGAUGGAGUUCGAUGCAAUGCUUGAUACAUUUGCGUCGUACGAUCAUGGAGCUCAGGAGCAUGAUGCUAUCUUGCCUACUAUCAAAUCAGCUCUCCAGACCUUAUCUCAAAUUCAACUGCCACGCUACCGUGCUAUCAACCCCAGCGCCAGCCACAAAAUACUAUCAUGCAGACUGGAAAUCGCACUAGCGGAACCGCCGGCUCUUGAGAAAGCUUAUAGACUGGACCACCCGUCACAGACGCAUCUCACCAGGACCGUGGGCGAUAUCCUCCGCCAGGCGGCGUGCACAGCAACAGCAACCGGAAAUAAGAAUUCGGGCAAACGCCGUGUCCUCAGCCAUUCGAUCCGCUUUCUACCCAUCGCGGCCCCGUUCUUGAUAGGCCGAUAUGCUCCGCCAACGGAUGAGAAAUUACGCCAAGAACACUCGCUGGGCUUGGCGGGUGCAUGGGCCCUGACAAGGAAGCUUCUCCUCCUGAUGUCCUCGCUUGGAGUCUUGGACUGCGACAUAGGUUCAGAGUUGGUCGUGGAAUGGGAACUGCGUGUGAAUGCACGCCUUGGAGUGCGGCGCUGUGAUUUGAUCGUCCGGGAUGUCCGAUCCAAUGCAACUGUCCGUGGCCGCUGGUCUUUCCCACAUGGCCCGGAGGCAAAAGUCUAUAAAGGGGUGUCCCUCCCAGCAACGUUGAUCUUCCCUGUUGACAAGGAGCCAUUCAGCACCUGGCGUCGAUUCCAAAUCAGGACCACCAACAUGGCUGUCUAUCACGACCUUGACUGGCUCUUUGGCAUCGGUACCAUCUUCUUUUUGAUCUCCGUCUGGGGUAUUGGUGCCAAUGAUGUGGCCAACUCUUACGCAACAUCGGUCAGCUCGAGGUCUCUGACCUUGAUCCAAGCUGGUAUCCUUGCGACCAUUACGGAAUUCAUCGGUGCCAUUGCGCUUGGACAGCAGGUCACCUCGACCAUCCGCAGUGGUGUCUUCUCCAUCGACCGCUUCCUGGACUCGCCUGGAGUCCUGAUCAUGGCCAUGGUGGUGGCUGAAAUCGGCUCCUCGAUCUGGCUUACCGUCUGCACGUAUCUCGGUUUCCCCGUCUCCACCACCCAGUCCAUUGUCGGCGCUCUCAUCGGUGUUGCCAUCGCGUCGGAUCUUCCGGUGCACUGGGGUUGGAAGUCUCAGAGUGUCUCCCAGAUUGCUGCCUCGUGGGGUAUUGCGCCCGUCAUCUCGGCCGGAUUUGGCGCCAUCAUCUUCACCAGCAUCCGCUUGUUGGUGCACUCUCGCCAAGAUCCGAUGAAGUGGGCUCUGCGCGUUCUUCCAUUCUACUAUGCUCUUACCGCCGGUAUUUUGGCAUUGUUCAUUGUCAUUAGCGGUGGUCACGGCAUUCCCAAGCUCGAGGACCUAGGUGCUGGCAAGGCCUGCGGUAUCAUCAUCGGUGUCUUUGCCGGUGUCUGGGUUAUCAGCGCUCUCUUCUUUGUUCCUUACUACUGGCGCAGCCUGGUCAAGGAAGACCGUCGCCUGCGUUUCUGGCACAUCCCCAUGGGCCCUCUCCUCUGGCGCGAUAACUACACGCUCUACUUCCCUGGCAACCCCGACAAGGGCAUUGUCCCCAACUACUACGAGAGCGACCUGAAAGCGACCAACGAAAAGGGCGACACAGAUACCCUCGGCUCCGUCACCGAGGGCCAGCAGUCCACCCUCGCCAGCCCGGAAAUCGAACCGAUCAAGGGCGACCCCAAAACCGCCGAGAACGAGGCCCAGCAUGCCGAUGCGAAGAUUGCCGAAAAGCACCAGAAGGAGCUCCAGGCUCUCGACACGCUGCCCUGGGCUCAUCCCAAGCGCAUCUUCGCCACCCUCAAGCUUGUUUUCACAUAUGGUAUUACCCGGGAUGUCAUCCACCACCAGUCCAAGGGCCUGGAUCAUAUCCAUCAGCGGGCUCCCCAGUUAGAUAACAAGGUUGAGCAUCUUUGGACCACUGCCCAGGUUUGCUCUGCUAUGAUCAUGUCCAUCUCCCACGGAGCAAACGAUAUCUCCAACGCCAUCGGCCCAUUCACCACCGAGUACAUGACCUGGCACACCGGCGUGACAUCCGCCAAAACCGAUACCCCGGUUUGGAUCAAGGCCGUUGGUGGCUUGGGACUGGGAGUUGGCUUCUGGACCUUCGGCUACCACAUCAUGCGCAAUCUCGGCAACCGCAUCACCAAGCACUCCCCCACCCGUGGGUACAGCAUGGAACUCGGCGCCGCGAUUACGGUCCUGCUUGCGUCGCGCCUGGGUCUGCCCGUUUCGACGACGCAGUGCAUCACCGGUGCCGUGCUGGGUGUUGCGCUGGUGAACAUGGACCUGAAGAGUAUCAACUGGAAACAGCUGGGCAAGAUCUUCUUCGGUUGGGUUCUGACUCUGCCAUGUGCUGGGCUUAUCAGUGGAAUUAUUAUGGGGAUGGCGCUCAAUGUUCCUCAAUGGGGACGGUAA